UCAAUUAACACCAUGGCUGUGUGUGAUGCCAAUUUAAAGUUUCUCAAUGUAGUAGCAAAAUGGCCAGGGUCAUCACAUGACUCAUUUGUUUGGAACAAUUCUACACUCUGUCAAAUUUUAGAAAAUAAGAUAAUAUCAAGAGGGUGGCUAUUAGGUGACAGUGGUUAUCCACUUAAACCAUAUUUACUUACACCUGUUCUAAACCCAACCACCAAGAAGGAAAAUGCCUACAAUACGGCUCAUAUGAAAACAAGAAACGUCAUUGAAAGAUGCUUUGGUGUAUGGAAAAUGCGAUUUCGUUGUGUGGACACAUCAGGUGGUACACUUCAGUUCUCACCUAAAAGAACCUGCAAUAUUAUAGUUGCAACUGCAGUUCUGCAUAAUAUAAGCAUUGACAAUAGAGUCCCAAACCCAGUUGGAAGAGCCGUUGUUAAUGACGGAAACGACAAUGUGUAUCGUGGGACAUUGAAUGACGGAUCAGAAGUUAGAAGACGAUUGAUUGAUGCUAGGUUUUAAACAACAAUAUCUUCUAUUCUUAUAUGU